AUGGCCGACACGCUGCUCGACGUCCGGGGACUGGUGACGCAUUUCGCGACCAGGCGCGGAACCGUGCGGGCCGUGGACGACGUGAGCUUCCAUGUGGGCCGCGGCGAGACGCUCGGCCUGGUCGGCGAGAGCGGCUGCGGCAAGUCGGCGACGGGUCUCUCGAUCAUCGGCCUGAUCGAGCCGCCGGGCCGCAUUGCCGGCGGCGAGAUCGUCUUCGAGGGCGAGGACUUGCUCGGGAAGACCCCUGAGGAGAUGCGGCGCAUUCGCGGCGCGCGCAUCUCGAUGAUCUUCCAGGACCCGACCACGACGCUCAACCCGGUGCUGCCGAUCGGCGACCAGAUCGCCGAGAUGUUCCGCUACCACACCCGCAUCGGCGCACGGGAGGCGCGCGCGCGGGUGAUCGAGAUGCUGGACAAUGUCGGCAUCCCCCGGCCGCACGAGCGCUACCGCGACUAUCCGCACGAGUUCUCCGGCGGCAUGCAGCAGCGGGUGAUCAUCGCCGCAGCCCUCAUCCUGCACCCUGCGCUCGUGAUCGCCGACGAGCCCACCACCGCCCUCGACGUCACGGUGCAGAUGCAGAUCCUCGCGCUGCUGAGGCGCCUGCAGGAGGGCGAGGCCAACACCUCGGUCAUCCUCAUCAGCCACGAUCUCGGCGUCGUCGCCCAGAUGUGCGAACGCGUCUGCGUCAUGUAUGCCGGCACCGUCGUCGAGGCGGGCACGACCGAGGAGGUGCUGGAGAACCCCAGGCAUCCCUAUACGGUCGGCCUGAUCGAAUCGAUCCCGCGCCUCGAUAGCGCGCCGCCCGCACCCGCGGUCUCGCCCCUGCUGGAGGUGGACGCGCUCACCAAGCACUUCCCUGUCCGGCGCAACAUGGCGACGGCGCUGCUCGGCAAGCGCCGCGUGGUCCAUGCCGUGGACGGGCUCACCUUCUCGAUCGGGCGGGAAGAAACAUUCGGCCUGGUGGGCGAGAGCGGCAGCGGCAAGUCGACGACCGGCAAGGUCAUCGCCCGCCUGAUCCCGGCGAGCGCGGGGCAGGUCCGCCUCGACGGCGAGGACUGGCUCGCUCUCUCGGGCGAUGCGCUCCGCCGCCGCCGCCGGGACGUGCAGAUGAUCUUCCAGAACCCCUAUGCCUCGCUCGAUCCGCGCUGGUCGGUGUUCCACAUCGUCGCCGAGCCGCUCGUCACGCACCGCGUGGUGCCGAGGCGGGCGCUCAGGCAGCGGGUGAGCGAGUUGCUUGACGCGGUCGGUCUCGACCCCAGCCACGCGCAGCGCUACCCCCACCAGUUCAGUGGUGGGCAGCGCCAGCGCAUCGGUCUCGCGCGGGCGCUCGCGCUCGACCCCAAGCUGCUGGUCGCCGACGAGCCGGUGUCCGCACUCGACGUGUCGGUCCAGGCCCAGAUCCUCAACAUGCUGCGCGCGAUCCAGCGGCGCUACGCGCUCAGCAUCCUCUUCAUUUCGCACGACCUCUCCGUCGUCCGCUUCGUCUGCGACCGGGUGGGCGUGAUGUAUCUGGGCGAGAUGGUGGAGCUGGCGGAGACCGCGGUCCUCUUCCGCGAGCCACGCCAUCCCUAUACGCAGGCGCUGCUGGCGGCGAUCCCCGAGCCUACGACCCGGCGCCUGCGCACGAUGGUGCCGAUCGAGGGCGAGAUCUCGAGCCCCAUCGACCCGCCCUCCGGCUGCCGUUUCCACCCGCGCUGCCCGCGCGCCGAGGCGAUCUGCCGCCAGGAGAAGCCGGCCUUUCGGGAGCUGGCGCCCGGCCAUCACGGCGCCUGCCACUUCGCCUGA